UUUUACAUUUCGCAAGUUUCGGUACGUGCAUGAUAGGAAGAACUGGAAAAGUAGCAGUAGACGUUUUUCGAUAUUUUACACGAUAAUUUUCGACUCGAUGUAUUUUUAUUCGAGCAGACUGAUAAAAAGUCAUUUCUGACUCCUCACUAUAGUGUGACACACAACUCUACCUGAAACACGAAGCACCAUGACGGAGGACAUGCUAGGUGCGGAUAUCUGCAGGGUCUGCCGUUCGGAGGGCCUGACAGACAGACCACUGUUUCAUCCCUGCAUUUGCACAGGCAGCAUAAAAUGGAUACAUCAAGAGUGUCUGAUGCAGUGGAUGAGAUACUCCCGCAAGGAAUAUUGUGAACUCUGUGGCCAUCGUUUCUCAUUUACACCUAUAUACAGCCCGGACAUGCCGCGUCGUUUGCCACUAAGAGAUGUCAUAGGUGGUUUAUUCUCAAGCAUUCUCACUGCCGUCAAGUAUUGGUUGCAUUAUACUUUAGUGGCGAUCGCUUGGCUAGGAGUUGUUCCUUUGACCGCGUAUCGUACAUACAGAGCUCUGUUCAGUGGUCCGUUGGAUUUAGUACGAAUUAUGUCGUUACCGAUGGAUAUGCUAUCCACAGAAAAUAUCUCUUCGGAUGUAUUUCAUGGUUGUUUCGUAGUCACUUGCACCCUAUUUGCGUUCAUCGGUCUGGUUUGGUUGAGAGAACAGAUCCUGCAUGCGGGUGGUCCCGAUUGGCUCGAGAGAGAUAAUGUGCAGAUACCGCUGGUUGAUAAUCCACCGCCGGCAAAUGCACAACAGCCGCAGCAAGCUCAAGAGGAGCGCGCUAUGCCACAGGAAGUUCCAGAUAACAACAACGUCCCACCUUUCGUCGACGAUCCACCUGUCCCACAGGAAGGAGAACUGCUUAACGAAGAUCAACAUCCUGUGUACCAAGAAGUGGCGGAAAAUAUGGUUGACAAUCCGCAAAUCGGCGAGCCGGUGGACUUAGCGAGAGACGUGCCGCCACUUCUUCCGAUCGGGGAGGAACUCGGUGCGGAUGACGCACAAGCGAACGCUGUGGCUGGUGAGGGUUGGAUGAGGGGACACGUGGUACAGGCGCAUGUAGUGGGUCAAGCGCAGGGCGAGGCCGAGGAGGCCAAUUGGAAUCCCAUGGAGUGGGAUAGGCCAGCCGAGGAACUGACUUGGGAGCGUCUGUUGGGAUUGGACGGGUCCCUCGUUUUUCUCGAGCAUGUCUUCUGGGUUGUGUCUCUGAACACCCUGUUUAUUAUGGUAUUCGCCUUCUGCCCCUAUCAUAUCGGUCACUUCGCAAUAGCGGGAUUAGGAUUGCAAGAGCACGCGGCGGCCUCGCAUUUCGAAGGCUUGGUGACGACGUUGUGCGGCUACUGUGUCAUCGGCGUUUGUCUGAUGUUCCUUCACACUCUAGCCGCGUUGCUAGGCUUUCAACGCUCCCAGCGAAUCCUGGGGCUCUGUUACGUGAUCGUUAAGGUCUCCCUGCUCUCCGUCGUGGAGAUUGGUGUACUUCCAUUAGUUUACGGCUGGUGGCUGGACAUUUGCUCGCUGGCAAUGUUUGACGCCACGCUCAGAGAUAGAGAAUCUUCGUUCAGACUCGCUCCCGGCACGUCCAUGUUCAUCCAUUGGCUGGUAGGAACGGUCUACAUGUAUUACUUCGCGGCGUUCAUUCUCCUUCUGCGCGAGGUUCUGCGACCCGGGGUCGUCUGGUUCGUGCGCAACAUCAACGAUCCGGACUUCUCCCCUAUACAAGAAAUGAUACAUCUUCCCAUACUGCGACACGUGCGGCGACUGCUCGCGUCCGCGAUCAUAUUCGACACGGUGAUCCUGCUGAUGCUGUGGCUACCCGUCAAAAUCCUCAGAUGGGCUUGGCCGGGAUUUCUACCCUACACCGUGACCGUGCAGAGCGAGGCCCAGGUGAGCGAGCUCUCGCUCGAGCUGCUGCUGCUGCAAGUGAUACUACCCGCAUUGCUGGAGCAAUCGCACACACGCACGUGGCUGAAGGCCCUCGUGAGGGCGUGGUGCCGCGUAGUCGCGUGGAUGCUGGAUCUGCAGUCGUACCUUCUGCGGGAUCAGACGGACGAUCCGGAACCGGCGGUCGUCGAGGAGCCGCAACACCCCGACUUGGGCGCCGCGCAUCAGGCGUUGCUGCAACGAGAGGGACCCACGGGAUUUCAACCGUACGUCAGACCGCGCUGGUUCCCCGCGCGGCUGGUCGGCCUCGUGCUCUGCGUCUGCGUGUCCCUCGUGAUCGCUAGUUUAGUGGCGAUGACGCUACCCGUAUGGCUCGGACGUCGAGUGAUGGCGUUAUGGAUGGUGGGAGCGCCCGCUCCCUCGCCGCCCGUGCUGCCACCAACGUUAACCGGACCCGAUGGCGGCGAGAGCGUGGGGCCUCUCUCCGGUAGGGUGCACGAGGUGUACACGGUGGCUUGCGGCACGUACGUAUGCUGGGCCGCGGCGCGAGGCCUCGUACUGGCCUUCUCUUGGCUGCCUCGCGGUCGCAGGGCCAUCCUGGAUCGGAUCAAGCACUGGGCGAUCCUGGGCAUGAAGGCCUCGGUGGCGUUCGUACUAUUGGUCGGGGUGAUACCGCUCCUGUUCGGUCUCCUCCUUGAAUUGGUGGUGGUGGUGCCAUUGCGCGUCCCGCUCGAGCAGAAUCCCAUCUUGUUCAUCUGGCAAGACUGGGCGUUGGGUGUGCUCUAUACGAAAAUAGCCACCGCUGUGACGAUGAUGGGGCCCGACUGGCGGAUACGCCUCGCUAUCGAGCGCGCGUACAACGACGGCAUCAGGGACAUGGACCUUAAGUUCGUCGUUACGGAACUGGCGGCGCCGGUCAUAUGUUGCUUCGGUCUCGCCCUCGCGGUUCCUUACGCCGUGGCCCACGGGAUAGUUCCCCUUCUAGUGACCAAUCUACAGACUCAGAUCCUCAUCGCCAGACGCUUGUAUCCUUUCCUUCUUCUAGUGAGCCUGGUUUGCGUCGUGAUCGGCUUUCAGAUACGCCAGUUUAAGAAGCUGUACGAGCACAUUAAGAACGACAAGUAUCUUGUGGGGCAGAGGCUCGUCAAUUACGAACAUCGCAAUAAGACGCAGCAACAGUCGCAGCGGUCGAGCUAACGGCGCCGCUAAGCAUAAUAUUUGUUACGGUGGAAGGUGAAUUAUAGGAUUAGCUUCGUGUACAUUCUUCAACAUCUACGAUAAAUAAUAAUUUAUAUUUAGUGUCACGCGAUUUUAUUUUUAAUAUUAUAAUUUAUCGAUGUAAGAGCGAUACCAAAUAAAUAAAAAAAAAAGACUGUUAUCUAGUGUGUGCGUGUGUGUAUCGCUUCGCAGCUCAAGUUGCGUCGUGCGAUAUUCCGUUGCGAUCGUUUCAACGAGUCUGCCUGCUUUCUGUGAAGCUACUGAUGUCGAUCGAGCUGCCUGCUGCAAGUAUUAUUGCAAUACGUCGAGAAGAAACGAAGAGACUCUUUUAUUUAUUCGUCAGAGAGAAUCACUAAUGAUUCUGAGAUAGUUUGGUGCAAAAACGGAUGUAGGGAUGCGACAGGAUGCGUCAUGUGCAAUACCUCGAGAAUUCUUUCGCUUUUAGACCGAUGAAGAAAACAAAAGAGAUGUGAAAGUCAAUAUCAAGCAUGCACAAUUAUCAAGUCAUCUGUGGUGUAACGCAGGAUUUGACUUGUUCGAUAAAAUUUGUAGAAAUCUGUAUAUUUGGCAGGUAAUUAUUUUGAGCAAAUCAAAAGUUUUGUUGUGCGCAAAUUAUAUAAUAUAUUAUACAAAUACGUA